AUGCCUGGUGGUGCAGUCAUUUCCGCGCCUGCGGACACUCUGCGUGUCGAGGCCCCGGUCACCUUCAAGGCUUACUUGCUUUGUGCCUUUGCUGCUUUCGGUGGUAUCUUCUUCGGAUAUGACUCCGGUUAUAUCAGUGGUGUUUUGGGAAUGGAGAAAUUCAUUCGCCAGUAUGAGGGUCUUGACCCUGCUACCACCCCGGAGUCGCUUUUCGUCGUCCCUGCUUCCCGAAAGUCCUUGAUCGUCUCUAUUCUCUCUGCUGGUACCUUCUUCGGUGCUUUGAUUGCCGGUGACCUGGCUGAUUGGUUUGGUCGUCGGACUACCAUUAUCUCUGGCUGUCUUGUCUUCAUUAUUGGUGUUGUGCUGCAAACCGCCGCCAGCAGCCUGGGACUUCUGGUCGCGGGUCGUUUGAUUGCCGGAUUCGGUAUUGGUUUUGUCUCCGCUGUCAUCGUUCUCUAUAUGUCUGAGAUUGCACCCCGUAAGGUUCGUGGGGCCAUUGUCUCUGGCUACCAGUUCUGCAUCACUAUUGGAUUGAUGUUGGCAUCAUGCGUGGAUUACGGUACCCAAAACCGAACCGACACUGGCGCCUAUCGUAUCCCCAUUGCUCUCCAGAUGCUCUGGGCCAUCAUUCUCGCUAUUGGUCUCUUCCUGCUCCCCGAAUCCCCUCGCUUCUACAUUCGCAAGGGCCAGAUGGACAAGGCUCGCGAGGCUUUGGCUCGUAUCCGCGGUCAACCCGCAGAUUCUGAGUUUGUGGAGCUGGAACUGAAUGAAAUCGACGCCAACAACCAAUACGAGCUCCUGGCAAUCCCCCAGGGCGGCUACUUCACUAGUUGGUUCAACUGCUUCCGUGGCAGCCUGUGGCACCCCAACAGCAACAUUCGCCGCACUAUCUUGGGCACCUCGCUUCAGAUGAUGCAGCAGUGGACUGGUGUUAACUUCAUCUUUUACUUCGGAACUACUUUCUUCAAGCAGCUUGGAACAAUUCAGGAUCCUUUCUUGUUGAGCAUGAUCACCACCAUUGUUAAUGUCCUUUCCACCCCCCUAUCCUUCUAUGCCAUCGAGAAGUUCGGUCGUCGCCCUCUCCUUCUUUGGGGUGCCUUGGGAAUGGUCAUCUGCCAAUUCAUCGUCGCCAUCAUCGGUGUCACCGAUGGCAGCAACCCGAAGGCUGUCAGCGCGAUGAUCGCUUUCAUUUGCAUUUACAUCUUCUUCUUUGCCAGCACAUGGGGUCCCGGUGCUUGGGUUGUGAUCGGUGAAAUUUUCCCUCUGCCUAUCCGGUCUCGUGGUGUUGCGCUCUCCACAUCUUCCAACUGGCUCUGGAACUGCAUCAUCGCCGUUAUUACACCUUACAUGGUGGAUGCGGACAAGGGUAACCUCGGUGCCAAGGUCUUCUUUAUCUGGGGUGCGCUGUGCACCUGUGCCUUUAUUUACACCUACUUCCUCAUCCCUGAGACUAAGGGCCUCACCCUGGAGCAAGUCGACAAGAUGAUGGAGGAGACCACUCCUCGUACCUCAGCCAAGUGGAAGCCCCAUUCCACCUUUGCCGCCGAGAUUGGUAUGGUCGACGAGAAGGCUGGUGUUGCACCGACCGUCACCCAGCAGGAAGUCUAA